AUGGACUCGGUUCGAUCUGGGCCUUAUGGGCAACUCUUCAGCCCAGACAACUAUGUAUUUGGACAGUCUGGAGCGGGAAACAACUGGGCCAAAGGCCACUACACUGAAGGGGCUGAAUUGGUAGAUUCAGCGAUGGAUGUUGUGAGGAAAGAGGCGGAAUCCUGCAAAAAAUACAAAGUUGUCGUCUGUUCACAUAAAUGCAACGCCGUCGAUUUGGUUUCACCCUGUGCUGUAGAAUUACGACGCCCACUUAAAUCCAGUGGAAAAAAACUGCCAAAGUCCUCAUCGUUUCAGGCUAAACACGAAAUCGUGAAGUCCAACGAGCAGAACGGGGCGACGGACGGCGCUGAUCUGACCAAAGGGUCGCCCGCCGUACCCACAGGCAGCAAGCACGCUCUACCAAGUGCUGCCGCCCCUCUGGGCGCCAGUGGCACCCUCACAACCAACAACUCCAACCCGAACUCGCAGAGUUCAGCGCCGGUUUCAACUAAUACCGGCAAGCGCGGUUCCAGUGGCCAUCGGCGGGACAAAACGUCUCGAGACAAGCACGUGCACAGCAAUUCAUCGUCGUCGGCGGGCAGCGUCAGUCCACUGACCACCUCAAACUCGUCUUCCAGCAGUUCCUCGUCAGACAAGCCGCUGCCCAAAACAGGGACGGCAGGCUCGGCAAGUCCCAGUACAAUGAGCGGCGUGCUUUUGCCGACCCCCACCGAUAUGAACGGUCUUUUGCGAACAGCGAGCGCCCCACAAACCGGACCGCCGCGUUCAGUGUUCCCGGYCAGCACGGGUCCGGGGCCGCCGCCCCCAUCUCCAGGACCGCCAGCGAGUCCGGCGGCCGCAACCGCUCAGGGUUCGGCCGCCAAACCCGAACAGUCGAAAGUGGGUGUUUCCGGCAGUGGUUCUGGUGCGAAUAGUGUUAGUGCGGGCGGCGCAGUGGUGAUUAGUGCAGGACUGGGUGCGAAUAAUGGCCCAGAUGAGCAGCAUCGGACUAAUAAUAGUGGUUCACCCACGCCCAGCAAAAAGAUCAAGCUGAGCGAUUGUAAGGUAAGACUAGGACACUAAACUCUAACUAAAACAGAUUUUAUCUGCAGUGCACUCACUAAAUAGCGCCCCAUACACGAGCGGAAUAUCAGUCAUAUCUGAUACGUGGCGAGCCAAAUUCGAAGAAAUAUCGGUGCGUUAAUGGUUAAGCAUGAGCCAGAUACGACUCGAUGCGAAUUUCGUACAAAAUAAAUAUGCAGAUCUGGACUUGCGGACCAAAUUUCGCCGUUAGUGGGUACGGGCGAAUAUUAGUAUCAGAGAUUAUUGCCCCCUAAGCACUCAUGCUAUUGCCAUACUUCCGCGGCUUAAAGAAAAUACAUAUUCAGAUAAAAUUUAACGGUUGACAUUGGUACACAUUUGAGAUAUAGUGUAUAAUGUUAUAAUUCAAGCAAUGGGCAAGAGGUGAUGAUGGAAAAUUUGGCUAUAGAAAUCUUGGAAGAUGAUGAGAGAAUAGCUAAUGUCACAGGAGAAAAUCACUACUUCGAUUACGAAGACGAAGCUUUUCAGAAAAUACCCAGUAAAUGGGCGGACGAUUAAUUUAAUUUGUGCCUACGUUGGGCCGAAGAAAAUGAAUUGCCACUGUAUGAAGUGAUUCUUCGUAUUUGAAUUAUAGAUAUGUUACAGACUGUAUAUAGAAUCAGACCAUAUGUUCAAGCGCAAUGAUGUUUUAUGUGAUGUUUACGAUUUCAAUUGUUAACUGCAAAAAUUGUGGUCAAAAUAGUUUGUUCUGUGUUAAAGGCGACGCUCCAUAUGAUAUAUUUCAGAUAUGAAGUUACAAAAGUAAAUCAGAUGUAGUCAUUAAUAAUAUAAGCUCAAAUUUAAAAAUAUAGGUUUUAUGAACAACUGUAUGAGCGAACAAAAUAGGUUGCCCAGAACAGCCGGGGUUUAACUAAAAGGUACCUAAUGAUUAGUGUGCACAGA